GGGUCAUUGUUGAUCAUGGCAGGGUCAGGGGCAACUUACAUCUUCGGCAUCUACUCCAACCAGAUAAAAGAGUCCCUCGGGUAUGACCAGACAACCCUUAAUCUAAUGAGCUUCUGGAAGGACCUUGGCGCCAACGUGGGAGUCUUGUCUGGCUUCAUCGUUGAGGCUACCCCUACCUGGUUCGUCCUCUUCCUCGGCGCUCUCCUCAACUUCGUCGGCUACUUCUUCAUAUGGUUCGCCGUCAUGGGCAAGAUCCCCAAGCCGGACCCUAAGCUGAUGUACAUGUUGAUUGCCUUCGGUGCCAAUUCCCAAAACUUCUCCAACACAGGGGUGAUGGUCGCCUGCGUCAAGAACUUUCCCGAGAGCAGAGGAAUCAUGUUGGGCCUGCUCAAGGGAUUCGCGGGACUCAGCGGAGCCAUCAUUACCCAGAUUUACUUGGCAAUCUAUGGUGACGACGCCAAAUCGCUCAUCCUCUUCAUCGCCUGGCUCCCGUCAUUGAUUUCCAUCAUCUUCCUUUUCACGAUCAGGACAAUGAAGGUGGUCCGUCAGCCCAAUGAGACCAGGGUCUUCUAUCAUUGCCUCUACAUUUCCAUCGCCCUUGCCGUGUAUCUCGUGCUCAUUACUCUGCUUCAGAAGCAGAUUGUUUUCCCUCACGCCGGGUACAUCGCCAGCGCCACAUUCGUCUCUCUAGUCAUCUUUCUCCCGCUCGGCAUUUGCAUUCGACAAGAAUACGCCUUCUGGAACCUCAAGAAACAGCCCAUCGAUCCCCCUUCCAGCAUCACCGUCGUCAAGGAGCUGGAGGCGGCAGAGUCCACCACCACCAAACACACAGCCACAGCGGCAGCGGCAGAGGUAGAGGCAGAGGCAGAGGCAGAGGUAGAACCGUCCUCCUCCGUGCAGGCGCAGCACACAGCAGAUGAGAAUAAGAAACCCAAGAAGGGCAGAAAACCAAACAGAGGCGAGGAUUACGGAAUCUUGCAGGCGCUCUUGAGCAUCGACAUGAUGAUUUUGUUCCUGACGGCGUUUUGCGGGCUAGGCAGCUGCCUAACGGCGAUAAACAAUCUGGGCCAAAUUGGACAGUCUUUGGGCUACCCGGCUCGUAUCAUCAGCUCCUUGGUAUCACUGGUAAGCAUAUGGAACUACUGCGGGAGAGUUUUCGCCGGAUUCGUGUCGGAGAUCUUGAUAGCAAAGAAGAGAUUCCCAAGGACUCUAAUGAUGACGCUCAACGUUCUCUUGUCCUGCGUGGGAUACCUCCUCAUUGCCCUACCUUUCCCAGGCUCCCUGUACGUAGCGUCGGUCAUCGUAGGCUUCACCUUCGGCGCCCAAUUGACGCUGCUCUUAACCAUCAUAUCGGAGCUUUUCGGUCUCAAAUACUACUCCAUAUUGUUCAAUUACGGCCAAAUGGCGAUGCCACUGGGCUCUUAUGUACUAAACGUGAGGAUCGCGGGGAACCUUUACGACAGGGAAGCCUUGAAGCAAUUGGCGGAGAAGGGGCUUGAUAGGUCAUCAGUGGAAGGGUUGACUUGUAUUGGGGUUCAGUGUUACAGACUUUCCUUCAUCAUACUAGCGUCGGUGUCGUGCUUUGGAGGACUGGUUUCCAUCAUUCUGGUGAUGAGAACGCGAAAGUUCUACAAGAGCGAUAUUUACAAGAAGUUCAGAGAGGCGGCGACAGAGGCGGCGGAGGAGAGGGAGACGGCACUGUCAUCUGCUGCAGAACCCAACGAUCAACUAAAGGUCUGA